CCAAGGUGGUCCUGUGGAAAUCUCAGCCAAGAGUCAAGAGGCUCACCUGCGCUCUGUUGGAGCUGAGCUUGGAUUUACUGGUGUGAGAUAUGAUAAGAACGUUCUCUGAAUGAGCCAGUCUCCAGAGGAGAGUCUAUUCGCUGGGAAGCACCAGGUUUACCACCAGGAUCUCUGGGAACACCAAGGACAUAGAGCCUCUUUUCACAGGCAAGCAGGCAGAAUUUUAUCAAGGGGCUGGUAAUUGGAUUCUGAUUUGAUUUCAGCAGUUUUUCAUCAACAGUCAGGAGCCACAGGGGAGACCUGAGUUUUGGUGUAUGAGAUUGGACUCUCAUUCCGUUUGUGGAGUAAGAAAAUAAUCAUAGAGAGAAUAUCAUGAUCCAGAUUACAUUAAAACCUUACCUUAUCAUGGUUCUACCUUUAUUCAAUGAGCCACGUCAGAGCUCUCAGACAGGUUGUCCACUAAAGCCAUGGGACUGAGACAGAGGUGACCAAGUGCUACAAAGUGUACUCUGUGGAGCUGUAAUUUACUGUGGUUUACCAUACCUUUGUGGAAUAUUAUCUGUUUCAAGGAUGAUGAUUAUGAUGAUGGUUUAACCAGGAUAAAGGACACCAUGUGGAAUGUGAUAUCCAGUAAUAUUGUAUAACUUUGUAUGGCAUUGAAAGUUAUUUUGUUUAGUGCUUCAUAUUACAGUGUACUGGAAAUAUUGACAUAUUUUUAGGCAUAGGCAAAGUCACAAAUGCUUUUUUGUAGUCACUGAUGUACCUACCAAAGGGAUCAAUUUUCAUUAAUUUUUCAAGUAAUUAGCUAAACAUUUUGAUGGAAGAUGCCAGAUUGGCUCAAUCAAUUGAACGUGGUGAUCAAUAUUCAAAGGGUCUACAUAUCCAACUCUAUCUCUACCCUUGCCUGACAUUGACACUCACAGUAACAACGGUGGGUGUACAGUAUAUCACGGCGGGCUGGUUCCACCACUAUAUCUCCAGUGUAAGAGUAGCUGGGCCCCUCCUGCUCUGUGGGAGCUGCCCUCCCCCAGCCUGGACCCUGUCUCCUCUGCCCUGCUGGUGCUCCUGCACUCGGCUGUGCUGGCCGAGGAUGAUGUGGCAAUGCCAUGUCUCGUCCUCGGAGUGCCGCUGCUACCGGUUGAACGGCUUUUCCCUGCUGAAGCGCUUCCCUCUCUCGGCAGAUGGGGCCUGCAGCAAAGCCCUGGACCAACCCGUGGGAGAGUGGCUGGAGCAUGUGGGGCUGCCACAGUACGAGAGCAAGCUGCUGCUUAAUGGCUUUGAUGACCUGCGCUACAUGGGCAGUAACGUGAUGGAGGACACGGACCUUAGAGAUAUGGGAAUCACUGACCCUGGACACAGAAAGAAGAUCAUCCAUGCAGCACGCAGCUUGCCCAAGGUGAAAGCCCUUGGCUGUGAUGGCAGCACCUCUCUCUCCACCUGGUUGGAUGUGCUGGGCCUGCAGGAGUACCUGCCUAACUUCCUGUCCAGUGGCUACCGUACCUUGGACUGUGUGAAGAACCUAUGGGAGCUGGAGAUUGUCAACGUGUUGAAAAUCGUCUCUCUGGGCCACAGGAAGAGGAUCAUAGCGUCUCUGGCAGAGCGGCCCUAUGAGGAGGCCCCGACCAAAUCACAGAUCUCUCACCGUCUCUCACAGAUCAGGUUUCAGGACCUGUUGUCCCAGACAGGGACCUCUCCUCUGAGUCAGAUGGACCCAUCCACCAGUCGCUCCAUGGACAUGCUCCUGCCCCUGGGAGAGGCAGGAAGAAGGAGGAGAGCCAUGGACCAGGACUGCAGCAUAUCCCUGCGCUCCUACAGCGAGAGACCCCGCUCCCACGACAGACAGAGUGACCGACACAGGGAACCCCGUUUGACCCUCCGGCCGCCGAGCCAGUCUGCCACGUACACCACGGUCUCUGCUUGGCAUCACCAGCCUGAGAAACUUAUCUUAGAGUCUUGCGGGUAUGAGGCCAGUUAUUUGGGAUCAAUGAUUAUCAGGGAUCUAAGGGGGAUUGAGUCCACUCAAGAAGCCUGUGCUAAAAUUAGGAAGUCAAAGGACCAUUCGAGAAAGGGACCUGUUGUCAUCCUCUCUAUCACUUAUAAAGGGGUCAAGUUCAUUGAUGCCGCCACUAAGACAAUAGUAGCCGAGCAUGAGAUCAGGAACAUCUCCUGUGCGGCCCAGGACCCUGAUGACCUCUGCACCUUCGCCUACAUCACCAAGGACAGUAAGAGUGGCCACCACUUCUGCCAUGUCUUCAGCACUGUGGAAGUGACUCAGACCUAUGAGAUCAUCCUGACACUGGGACAGGCAUUUGAGGUGGCCUAUCAGCUGGCUCUCCAGACCAAGGCCAGGCAGUAUGUCCCAGUCCCCCCAAUGUCUCUGGGGUCAGAGGUCAUUGAGACCAAAUCUAGCCGGCCCACGUCACAGCAAUGGAGCAGCAUGAGGAGAUCAACAAUUGACCCUCUGGAGAUGGACGCAGACAUGCAGUCCCUGGGCAGCACCACCUGGCUCUUCAACCAGAGAGACUCCAACAAGCGCCCUGUCAGCACCAAGUACGAGACCACCAUAUUCUGAGGCUGGAUCCCCUGCCCCGCCCUCACCCUGUCCUAGCACCCAGUUUGCCCCCUGACCUCCACCACCCUCUCUCUCUGUCUCACGAGCCCUGUGCCUUCUCACUGUGAUGGUAGCAUCCCUCUGAGCUCCCCCCUCUCCUCUGCCCUGCCCUACACAAACUUGCCCUGCUCUGACAUCCCACAUCCCUGCAGCCCUCUCUCCUGUCUUAUUCCUGUCCUGUUCCUCACCCCUUGGCAGCCCCUUCCCCUACUGAUGGGGCCCCUUGACUUGUGGAUGGACCUGGAGUGAACCUACAAUGGCCCUGCUCUCUCAACCAAACUGCCUCCUCCUCCUCCUCCCAACUACUCAUCUGCAUCCACCCCUAUUAGGUUUAUCAUCAUUGAAGAGAUUGUGGCUUUUUUGUUCUCUUCCUGUCAUGCUAUUCUUUUUCCAAGUGACUGCCUUCAGUCGAAACAAUCCAGACUUAUUUUUUCUGUUGAGCUGCCUGUUGCAUUUUUACCUCACAGUAACAUGAUUAGCAUUGGUUGUACUGCCAAUGUGAACAAGAAAAUUACAAACCUUCAUAAGUUCCUCUAUUUAUCUAAUACCAAAGGAGUACUACUCUUGGGCUAUUAUCCACAGACAGUUUUGGUCCCAAGCAGAGUGGAACAAAGAACAUUAUUGUUUCCCAAACUCAGCCUAUCCUACUCAGUCAUAAACAAUAUUUUAUCCCCUUCCCAAAAGGAUUAACUAUUUUUCUCAUCUUUUUAAUGCUGUUUAUUUUUGUAUUUCACUUGUUUUUCCCUCAGGCACGUUAAAUAUUUUUAUUUCCCUAUCUGUAGCUUGUCCUGUCUUACCAGGCAUCUACCACUGUGAGGCACUGUGAGGAGGCAUAUCUAGCCUGGGAUGCAUGAAGGACAGAAAAUCUAUACGAAAGACAAAAAACAAUCAACAAACUUUUUUCUAUGCAUUUUUUAUCAUACAGUGAUGGAUCGUCAAGGAAUCUUCCCUUUCCAUUUAUAAUGGAUCAAGAACUGAACCUACAUUUCCUGUGUGAUUCUGUACACAAAUGGACUGGACAACUCUUCCAUCACUCUGCCAAGAACAGUAGUAGCCUUACUUCAAUCUGGCAAUCUAUCAGUUUGAAUCUAAAUGUAAUCAAUUGAGCAUCCUUGCCACCAUCACACACUCUCCACACUUGCUGACUGCUGCACACGUCUUUCAUGGUUUAAAAGACUUACAGCACUUUUGAGUUGACAACACAUGAACACUUUGGCUGAGCUGCAGUGAAGGUGUUGAAAUGGUACAGGUUUGUCCAGAUAAUAAUGUAUAUGAUGCUCUGUAGCUCCACAGUGUGCAUGGUGCCUCUCACCAGUCAUUUUAUUACCAAGAGAGACUAUUCGGCUCAUCAGAGAACACUGUGUUAAAACAUGGCACUAUCCCCUUUAAAAAGAAAAUGUUUGUUUCAAAAUUAUACAGUAUGUCAUUUUUUUAACCAUUAUUAAUAAGAGAUGCUUUUAAAAGGAACGGGACUUCCUGAAAUGUAUUUAGUGAGAGAAACCAAGGAAAAUCAUAACAACACAACAAUGUAUUACCAUAGUAGAAUAAUGCAAAUACAAAUUUGCCAAAACACCUCAUGAAGGCCACAUUUUAGGUAUGUCCGAGGACUUUGGGGGCAAUAAUUUUAUUUGCCAAUUCAUUGUGAAAAGUAUAAGAUAUUCCCAAUAACAUUGCUUACAUUUCUUUACUAUGAGGCAGGUUGUGUUGCCGGACUCCUGCAAUCCAUGCCACUGAUUCAGCAUGAGGUAAAAUGUGUCACUAGAAAAUGAACAACAGUGCCCAGGAUUCAGGCUUACUCAUUGUUUGAACUUUACAUUUGAGGGAUCAAAAUGUAAUUAGAUAUGGUUUUAUUAUGCAAAUUGACUUUGGGUUGAAAAUAUAUUUGAAACUGCAGGUCUACAGGAGCUAUCUAUCUGUUGGUUCUAUCUAUUUGUGUUUUGCUCAACCUAUUUUGUGUGCUGUGUUGCCUUGUGUUUGUGUCCUCCUGUGAGGAUGGCCUGUUCUGUCUCUGGCGCUGUCCUCAUUCUGUGUCCCUGCUGCAGGAGAUGUUAUGUUUAGCCUCUCUCCAAACGAUACAGGAUGGCUGACUGGAGAAUGAGUGUUAAGACUUGACAGUCUCUGUGUGGUACUGUAGCUGUGUCUCAUCGUUGUUCUGUUCUGACUAAUACUGUAGCUACCACUGAUGCAUGUGGCAGUAUUUGUUUCGUCCUCUGAUGCACUUGACCCAUUGAGGUGUACAUAUGUAGUAGUGUCUUUUGUUUGCCUUUUGUUUUACUUUUUUAUCCAUUACACAAAUACAGCAUCUCAUUUACAUUC